UUAACCUAACUUUGUUGAAAAGCCGAGUGUCUAGCCCAAGGCUGUGACCGCAUGAAGGUCUGAACUCCUGAUGUGACAGUUCUCUGCUCCUGAAAGGAGAGAGGCGUGCUCCUCCUUCCGCCACCUUAUUUGUCUCCUUGUUUCUUUGUGCAAGCCAGUACCAGCUGCCUACUUUCACUGAUUCUGUGGCUUCUUGGGUUUUUCCUUAUGCUGGAAUGACUCACUGGCCUCACCAGAAAAAGAAACUAUUGAGUGUUUUCUGCUCGUUUAACUAUUGGCUUCUUGAGUUAAAGCAGUUCAUAGAAGGGUCUGAUGAAUGGCAGUUCCAGGAAUAAGGAUGAAGGAGGGAGGAAGGCAACCUCUCAUUCCUGGUGACAGGGAGCUGUCAAGUGGGUUACGGUUUCUUGUUAGCUCCUUAUCUGCUCCGACUCCACAGACCCUUAAGCAGAGCAGUAGUGUCUGGAAUCACUUGUGUGAGGCUCUGCUGCCUUUGAGUGUCUCACUUAUUCUUCCAGACAAAUAGCUUAUUGUUCCACGAGAUGUGGCAGCAGUCGUUGCAAAACUACAUUCAGAGUAUCAUCUAAUUUAACUGUUCAAUGUUCAACCGUGGUAAAUUUAUGUGUUAGCAUGGUCAGAGGACACAAAGAAGAGCCGUGAGUGAGUUGUCACCCAGGCUGGUGCGUGCUGGAGUCCUGGAGUUGGGCUAUGCCAGGGAAGUGAGAAGGAGGCUGUGGUGGUCAGAAAUUAUGGUGACGUCUUCAUGUUUUUCUCUAAAUGCAAGUUUUCUCACAAUUUUAAGUGCUUGUAGAAAACAAAAUUUAAAAUAAUGUAGCUCAAAAAUCUUGUGAAAGAAAAGUCCUUUCAUGAUGUGUAGAUAUAAAGGAGAGAGAUGUGAAGUACGUAUUUAAAAAGUGUUUCUUUGCGUAUGAAAAUAGCUCUUUGGAGGAGAAAGGCAGAACAAAGGUGACUCUUGGAAAUGUAGUCGAGUUACUUCACUUGACUGGAUAUUCUACCAAAAAUAUUAACCAAUAUCAAUAUAUAGAUAUAUGUAUAUUAUGUAAUUUCAGGUAUUAAGUGUGCAAAACCUGGGCUUCAGGACUUUGUACCAAUACCUUUCCUUGUGUACCUGCACAAAAUGAUGUUAAGAUUGCAUAGUAUGGAUUCGGGGCAGUUGAUACAAGUUUGCAGCUUUGUAAAUUUACCAAGUUUUAUGUUAUGUUAUAGGUGGAGAAUUAAUUUUAGAUAUGCUGGGGUUUCAGUUUCUUUCAAGCAUGUUUUAUGGUUCUCUACCUUUUUUGAACAGGUGUACAAGGGAAGGAGUUUUAACUAGUGUUCCUGUAAAGUAUUACUUAAAAAAAAAAAAAAGUGUAGUCCUGCAUAAUCUUGAAGAAUAUUUUAGGUCUAAUAAUUGACUAUGAGAAAGUGCCACUAGUACAGAAGAGAUUCAUGUUAGUAGGGUACUUACUCUAUAGGGCCAAGACAAUGGUGAGUGUUUGCAGCUCUGUGAGGACUUGUUUUGUUUUUGAGGGAAAAAAAAAAAAAGAAAGCUAUUUUAUUUAAUUUUAUUGUAAGAAAGUGUGUAGGCUAAAUAUCACAAGUUGCUGUCAAUGAUUUCAAGGAGGGAGGUCUUACAAAGUAAUUGCAUUUCUGGUACUGUAGAUUCUAUCACUGGGAAUGUAAAUCCUGAAGUUUGCCACUAGAUGUCCCUGCAAGCCUAAAUAGUUUUGCUUCCUUAACUACAUAUUGCUUAGGUUUUUGAAUGUGUGAAACGGAUUUGUAAGCCACAUUUUUACCUCCUUCUGUCCUUUUUUCUUUUAUGUGAGAUCUUUAGGCAGAUGCGCACACAACUGGAUAUGUUUUGCUUUAUAAUCUGUGGACUUUCUGAUAGUAGCCAAAGCUGUGAGGAGAGGAUGCAUUUCCCACCUUCAGCAGCUUGGGGCUGAAAUUACAAACAGUUGCAUUUCCAUUUUUUUCUUUUUUUUUUUUUUGUUGAUCAUAAUGUUGCUUCAGAAGCAUCUCCUUCUCCUUAUCCUCUCAGCAAAUUUGAGUAAAGCAGGAUAAAAGAAAUGGCUAUUGCCACCUUGCCUGUGCUGGUAUUGGGACACUUUCCUCUCACCUUUCCCCAUCCUAGUAGUGGAGGAAGAAAAUGGGCACUAAAUGUGCCGUGCUUAUUUAUCUAUAUGGAAGAUAAUUUUCAUCUCGCUUGUAGCUCAGGGUUUAUAGAAUUAAAUAGUGAGUGCUUAAGGUAGGCCCAUGAGAGAUGUUAAGAGUGGAAUACUAGAAAGCGUUACGUAUUCAGCUGUGCUCGAGAAGGAGGCUAGCUAGUUGCAGUGAUGCUGGAGAUUUAACUUUUUUUUGCAUACCACUGCAAAUACAGAGUUUUUAGGCACCAGUCCAGUACUGCCGAAAGCCCAAAAUGUCAGGGUAGCUGGUUUCAAAGCUUUAUAACUUCCCUAAAAUUCAGUUGCAGUCCUCCCUCCCCCAGAUCCUUUAGAAGCACCAGCAAUAACCAGUCUCAGGCAGUGCCUGGUUUCUAAUAUCGAGAAGAACCGAUGGGGCGCAUGUUAUAAUACUUCCUCAUUUCUCAGCAUCUGGCAAUCUGCAGCUUUCUCACACCCAUCCGAGAUUGUCACAUUUAGCAAAACUCUUGCUGGAAAGGUCACACGAAACCACCAGAAAAACUUCAAAAACUAGAAGUGACACGUAUCACUGAUACGUUUCAGAGGUGAGCUUUGGACAAGUCUGGAAGAUACCAGCCUGUUAAGUCGUAACUCUUCCAGAAGUGGCCUGAUAGGAGCUCACCAGUGAGCAUCAUCUCCUGUUUGGGGUGAUGUGAUGGUGUGUGGAACAGUGCAUCAUGUUAGGAUAGUGCGACAGACUGUGAUACAAACAGCUUUUACUACUUCGUAUCUGAUGUCUGUGACCCCUGCUUGAAUCCUAGUUAACAGGGCAUAAUUAACAUCAUGGUUUGAUUCUCAGUGUGCAGUGCAAGUAAAAAUAACAUUUUGUGUGGCCUGGUGGUUAAAGAUGCUUGUUUUGUAUUGGCUCAAAUAAUCUCCAGAUUUAACUUUAUUCUGUGUCUCUACGACAGCUAGACAGCUAGUACAUCUCAGGGCAGGUAGAACGAGCAGAGAAGAGUGGCCCUUUCAGUAGGGGAUUUCUAACGUGAGCUACAGCCAAGCUAGGAUUCUUCUGUAUUGAAAGCAAAAGUAGCACGUGAAGUCUUUGAAGUGUGAAUGUACUUGAUUGCUAACUACACGGGUUUGUAUUUCUGUCAGGUGACCUGAUCUCCUGGGAUGUCAGCUGAAAAGGUGCACGGCGAUGUAGAUUUGUAAUAAGUUCAUUUUUUUUAUUUUUUUGUCCUCUCAAUACCCAUCGUGAAGAGUCACCAUAAAAUGGAUGCUUUGGGUAGUCUUCCUCCCAUGGCUGGGAGUGGUGAUGUGGCUAAUUCACAAGAAUUACAAAAACUUCUGAUUGAUGAAAAAAUGCGAUGUGAGCACCAUAAAGCAAAUUAUCAAACUCUAAAGGCAGAACACAUAAGGUUACAGGAGGAAUAUACAAAAUUACAAGAUGAACUGAAGCGGUUGUUAGUUGAAAAGCAGACUGUACAUGAAAAAUUCCAGUUUCUCCUUGCUGAAUAUAGAGAGGAGUUGUUGGGUAAAACACAAGAGUUGGAAAGACUGAAGACGCAGGUCCUAACUCCUCAGAAGUUAGAGCUGUUAAAAGCACAAAUACAGCAGGAAUUGGAAUCUCCUAUGACAGAACGUUAUCGGAAACUAGAAAAUGAAGUGGAAAAAUACAGAACAGAAUAUAACAAACUUCGUUAUGAACAUACUUUUCUGAAGUCAGAAUUUGAACAUCAAAAGGAAGAACACGCACGUGUUUUAGAAGAGAAGAAAAUAAAGUAUGAGGCAGAGAUUGCAAGGCUGGAGAAAGAUAAAGAAGAACUCCAUAAUCAGCUGCUGAGUGUUGAUCCCACGAGGGACAGUAAGCGUGUGGAGGUACUCUCCAGAGAAAAGGCACAAUUGUAUCAGAAAUUAAAAGGCUUAGAGGCAGAAGUAGCAGAACUAAGAGCUGAAAGAGACAACUGUGGUGCACAAGCAGAAAGUGUUCAAAGAAUACAAGUCCGACAGUUAGCUGAGAUGCAGUCUCUGACAAGGUCUCUAGAGGCAGAAAAGAAGUCAGCUGAACAACAGAUUGAUCGAGUUGAGAAAGAAUUGCAGAUGAGUCAUGAACAAAACAUUCUUUUAACUAGCAAACUUCACAAAUCUGAAAGAGAAGUCAAUUCCUUAACUGCUAAAGUAGAGGAACUUAAACAUUCACACAAAUUAGAAGUAACAAAUGUCAAACUGGAGGCAGCAAGAACAAAAAGCGAAGCAGAAAGAGAGAGAAACAAGAUUCAAAGUGAAAUGGAUGGAUUGCUGUCAGACAAUGAAAUUCUUAAGGCAGCUGUUGAGCGUCAUAAAGUGCUUUUAGUAGAAAAGGAUCGAGAGCUAAUUCGUAAAGUGCAAGCUGCUAAAGAGGAAGUUUUUGAAAAAAUUGCAGCCUUACAAGAUGAAAAGUUAGAACUUGAGAACAGAUUAGCUGAUCUAGAGAAGAUGAAACUGGAACAAGAUACUUGGAGACAAACUGAAAAGGAUCAGUAUGAAGAGAAGCUACGUGUUGUACAGCUGGCAGAAGAAUCUAGCAAAAAGGAACUUCAGCGUCUGCGAUUAAAAAUUCAACAGCAAGCUAUGCAGGCAGAGGAGCUAGAAGAGAAGAAACGUGAAAGUGGCGAUCUAAAACAGCAAAUUCAAGACAUGCAACUCCAAGUUGCUUCACUUUCUCAGUCAGAAAAUGAUUUGCUGGAUUCUAAUCAGAAGCUGAAGGAAACAAUAGAAAGACUGAGACAAGAAUGUCAAAACGCCAGGACUCAGGCAGAAAAAGCUCAACUGGAAACAGAGAAGACUUUAGAAUACAGACGUAUUGAAUGGCUGGAGGAGAAGCACAUGCUUACUCAGCGCAUCACAGAGAAAGAGGAGAAAUACAAUGAAGCGAAGAACAAGCUAUGUCGGGCUGCUGUUGCUCAGAAAAAGAGAAAGACGCUCAAUGAUAAUAAACAAAGGAGAAUGCAAGAGAAACUACAACUUCUGGAAGCCAAGAUAGAAGAACUGGAAAAAGAAAAUCAUGUGUUAAAUAGGCAGAAUGUGUCCUAUGAAGAAUAUGUGCGCCUCCAGAAGAGACUGAAGGAAUUACAACGUAGACACAAUGAGUUCCGGAGCUUAAUUUUGAAUCCUAACAUACCAUCACUCGGUCCAGCUGGUGUAAUGUCAUCAUCUGCCCUGCCUCCUGGGCCUGAAGUGUCCUUCCCCCUCCUUCAGGAGGAACAGCAUCAAAGAGAGCUUUCCCUGCUUCGCAAGCGUCUAGAAGAACUAGAAACCACACAGAGAAAACAGCUGCAAGAGCUUGGACCAUCUAGAGAGCGAGUAGCAGUGGGAGCAUACAGGGACUUAGCCAGAAACAAGACAGCCGAGGAAGGUGGUGCACAAAGUGAGGACUCCAAAUAAAGCCUGUGAAUUCUACGUAGUGUUAGUUUUCAGUAGCUUAUCAUUUGUACAUGCUUUUGGUAUUCUGCCAAACCAUGAUUGUAUGUGCCUGAAUUGCGUAAAAAAUACUCUGCAUAGUUUUGUAUUUAUUUUUGACAGACUGUUUAAAUUAUCAAGAAUGUUGUUUUCUAAACAAAAUCAUUGUAAGAGUAAUGGCAUUUUUAAAAUAUCUUUAUAAAUGGUGUAAAAAUAUUUGGAAGUCAAAAAACAAAAUAAUCUUGUUGCACAAAAUUUUAAAAAAUAUUUUAGCAAGCGUUGUGUGGUGCUGAAAUUUUUACAUUUAAAAAACAAAUUGAGAUUCAAUUUUCUGGAAAAAUCCUAAAAUAAUGUAGUUGAUAAUAUCCUCUUCCUCCUUUGAUGCAGAAGUUAUUGUAUUGGUGUGGAAUUUUGCUGGGUUGAUAUUUGGAUUGUAAACCAGUUGCUCUAAUCUACAUUUGGAAUGUUAUUUUGAAGUUCCCAAGCACAUAGACAGGAUGAAAUGAAUUGAAAAAGCGAUGAAAACUUUUUUUUGCUAGUCUUGUCAAUGUGCCUCUUGUAUUUUUAUAAUGGGCAGAAGCAAUAAUUUUUUUUUUUUUGAAAUAAUGUAGUAGAGUUGAAGUAUAACAAAUUGCCUUCACAUUAUGAAAAUAAGUUUGUAUUUGUUGUUGGUACUGUAAUUUGUUUACUCCACUACAAUAAAAUCUAUUUAUUCAAGGUUUA